ACGGCACAAUAGCAUGGUAAAACUACAACAUAAAAAACAAAUUAUAUUAAAGCGCUGUUGGAACGUGUGUCAACUAAAACGCGUUAGACGUGUGUUCUUUGAUUAAUAGUUAAGGGAAAUAAAUUAUUCAAAAUCAAUUAUCUUGUCAUUUAAACGCUGUUUUGUUGUUUGUUAGUUGUAAUAAAAAUGUCGCAAGACGAUGAUGUGGUAAAAGCGACUCUGCCCGUAUGGGUAUUCUGUCAAAUGUUCGGUUUGUGUUUUAGUUCCACCAAGGCAAUCGCUUCAACUAAAAUUCCUUCGCGAAAAAGAAAUGUAGGAAAAUUUGUUUAUUGGUUUGCUACAGUUUCUAUAGCUCUGCAUCUUUCUUUCUAUAAUUUUUCAUAUGAAUUAGAUCCGUCGAAGAACGUCGUUAUACAAGCUGGAGAUAUUUUGAAUGGAUUAUCCAGCAUUGCCGCAACAGUGUCGAGUAUUUUUACGAGCUUCUUAUUCGAAAAUCGCAUAUUAACGGUAAUGAAAGAUUUAUGCGAAGUCAACGACAAAUUGAAAAAGUACCCGAAAUCGAUCAGCUACAAAGGGAUUAAAAAAUUCGCCUACGCCGAAAUAAUUUAUUUAUUAAACUCUUGGAUUUAUUUUUUAAUAAGUUACGUUAUUACUUGCCCGAGUAACUUAGCGGAAUGCUUAGGGUCCUGGUAUUUGAUGUAUACCAUAACGAAAAUUUUCGAUGUGAAUUUAGCCCGUUUCAUAUCUCACAUGAGUAUCGUCUACAAGCAGCUCUGUACCUUGAAUAGCAACAUAUUGCAUUUAUCCGAAGAAAGAUAUGUGAUUUCAUUAAAUUUACCAAAGGAACGGUAUAAAAUUGAUGCUUUAGAAAAUUUUAAAGAAAUAUACAGCGAAAUAUUGAGGAUAGGAGAAGAAAUCAACUAUGUGCAUUCGUUUUCGUUGCUUCUUAUUAUAGCCAAUCAAUUUAUAUCGAUUUUUAGUUCGCUAUAUUUUUGCUUUUUCGGUUAUUACAUCAACGGCAAUUACAUUAAACCCAAUUCAUUGAGCACUUUACUGGUGCCUUUAAUGUCUCUAAUACAUCCAGGUGGACAAUUACUAGCUAUUGCAAUCGUUUGCCAACUCACCAUUUCAGAAUCCAAACAAACAGGAAAAAUAAUUUACCGAAUACCAAUAAACAGAAACGCUAGAACAUUAAUGCAAAGAAUCAAUUUAUUCUCUCUCCACAUAAUGCACAAGCAAUUCGAUAUUACGGCGUGUGGAUUUUUCAGCAUCAAUUGUGCAUUACUGUUAAUGGUAGGGAUCGAUCCCCCAAUUUAUUAAAUGAAAAACAUUUUUCGUCGAAAACGCUAAUUGAAUUCAAUUAAAAUUAGUAAAACUCGAUGUAUAGCAUUUCGGAUUUGUAGUUAUUAGGCAGUAAAUUAAUCGAAAAUAAAAUGAGUAGGAUGAAUCGGGUAAAUAAUCAUCGAUUUUGUUGCAGAUUGUUGGAGCUGUAACCGUUUACCUGGUAAUGUUUAUUCAGUUCGAC